GUGCACUCUCACAAAUGCACACCCUAGUAUUAUGUGUAGCCCUGGCUGAAAGAUCUCUUAUAAGUGUCCAACUGAUUCACGAACACAUUGUAUAACCUUCCAAAACAACUUAUAUUAUCAUCGUAAGAUCUACAUGAAUCCCUAACCCUAAUCGCCCUUCUUAUACAGUCAUUUCACUGUAUAUUUGAUUAAGAUUGACAGAUUGGCCUCCGGGUGACGUCACCCCACCUCCGCAUAAGGAUCGUCCACCCAUCUCCAACAUCGUCUUCAAUUAGCUGUUACAUUCCCACAUCCAAUCCCUUGAAGAAGCUUCCUUCGACCUUUAAAACGCUCUCUACGUACUACAUAACAGCCAUCCCCAAGAAUAACCAACCAAUUGCUCAUAUCCCCACGACAACCCAUCAAUUACACCAAACAUGUCAUUCCUCCUCACCCGCACCUCAGCCGUCCUCGGCGUUGGCCUCGGCCUCGGCCUCUCCCUCAGUCCACUCUCCCCCUUCCGUUCCGCGCCAAUGCAAUGCCAAUACAGCGCCCCCUACUACCGACCCGAAUCGCAAGCCUCCCCAGACUCAGGCUGGACCGUUGACCGCAACGACCCCGUGCUCCUCAAACAGGGAGCCUCGAAACCCAAUUCUCAAAGCGGGUGGUUGACGGCGUCGAAUAUGCGACAGGUGAGUCUGGGGAGUGUCCUGGGGCUGGUUGUGGGGGUGGGAUUGAGGGCGUUCUCGAGGGUUUUGGUUGUGCUUUUGGGUAUGGGAGUUGUUUUUGUCGAGUGGGCUGCUGCGAAGGGGUAUAAUGUAAUUCCUGUGAAUCGGUUGCAGAGGCUUGUUAAGGGGGUUAAUUUGCAGAAGGCUGUGUCGCAGCAUAAGCCGUUUAAGAUUAGUUUUGGGGCUACGAUGGCGUUGGCGGCGUUCGCGCAGUUUUGAUUUACUAUGGGACUUGGUAGGGGAAAUGAUACAUGAGGUGAUUUAUAGU